AUGUUUCACAUCGCUUCCUCUGAACAUGAAACCAUGUCUGUCCAAGCUGAGCGUGCCAACAGCUCUCGGGGCGGUGAAAUGUCCACUCCUUACUCUGUAAAUCAACCCUCAGAUGGCUUUGCGGAAGCUGCAGGAUCUUGGUGUAGGGAAAUGUCCAACUUGUCUGGGCUGGUGGAACGUGCCAAUGGGGGAAGGGAAAUAUCGACACCCAGUUAUUUUUCAGGAUCUCAGGAUGAAAGCACUGCACCUCUUCACAGAGACCUGUCGAAACCCAGAUCUGGACAUGUAGCAAGAGGUUGUGCCAGGGAUGACUAUCGCUCCAGGUCCAGCGGUGUCUCCAUACACAGCGAUGUCUCCAGUCAGAGGUCCAUGUCCUGGAACAAUGAUGGUUCAAGGCACGCUGCCAAGUCCAGACAUGACAGAUCACGACACGGGUCUAGAUCUGAAGGAUCACGCCAUAGUGACGCCUCUAGAUGUGAUUCCAGAUCCCGUAGUGAUGCCAGAUCCCGUAGUGAUGCCAGAUCCCGUAGUGAUGCCAGAACCCGUAGUGAUGCCAGAACCCUUAGUGAUGCCAGAACCCGUAGUGAUGCCAAAUCCCGUAGUGAUGCCAGAACCAGUAGUAAUGUCUCCAGGCCCCCCGCCAGAUGCAAUGACCGAGAAUGGAAGAUGGAGAUUCCCAUUGCCUUGGGGUGGUAG